CCCACAUCCGGGAUGUGCAGCGCAUGAACUGGUCGGGACAGAAUAAAGUCUCAGCCACUGCGUGCGCUUCUUCCUUCGCUAAAUAGUUGCGAUAGUUUGCGCUGUUCUGUUGAUUGUUUUCUAUUUUGCGGACAAAAUGCCUUUAGAGUUCGAGCUGUGUCCCGGUCGGAUGAUCGGAGGAAACCACCCGUGCUUCAUUAUCGCUGAAAUUGGACAAAAUCACCAGGGAGACAUUGAGAUUGCCAAGAAAAUGAUCAAGAUGGCAAAGGACUGCGGUGCGGAUUGUGCCAAAUUUCAGAAGAGUGAAUUGGAUCAUAAAUUCAACAAGAAAGCUUUGGAGCGCCCGUACAAUUCUGUUCACUCCUGGGGGAAAACUUAUGGUGAACACAAACGCCACCUGGAGUUCAGCCAUGAGCAGUACAAGGAACUGCAGAAAUAUGCUGAGGAGGUGGACAUCUGUUUCACUGCGUCUGGGAUGGAUGAGAUGGCAGUGGAGUUCCUCCAUGAGCUUAAUAUUCCUUUCUUUAAAGUGGGCUCAGGAGACACCAACAACUUCCCUUAUUUGGAGAAGACUGCCAAGAAAGGACGGCCCAUGAUUGUAUCCAGCGGGAUGCAGAACAUGGAGACGAUGCGUCAGGUCUACAAAACCGUGAAGGAGCACAACCCAAACUUUACCAUCCUGCAGUGCACCAGCGCCUAUCCUCUGGAAGCAGAAGAUGUCAACCUCAGAGUGCUAACGGAGUACCAGAAGGAAUUUCCCGAUAUUCCCAUUGGGUAUUCCGGCCAUGAGUCUGGGAUCGUUAUUUCUGUUGCGGCCGUAGCAAUGGGUGCAAAGGUCGUCGAGCGCCACGUGACCUUGGACAAGACCUGGAAAGGAAAUGACCACGAAGCCUCUCUGGUGCCCAGUGAGCUGGCCGAGUUGGUUCGCUCCAUCCGGCUGGUGGAAAGGGCGCUGGGCAACGGCGUCAAGCAGAUGCUUCCUUGUGAGAAGCCGUGCCAUGAUAAGCUUGGUAAGUCCUUGGUGGCUAAGGUCAAGAUCCCCAAAGGAACUGUCCUGACUCAGGACAUGUUGGCGGUGAAGGUGGCCGAACCAAUGGGCAUCGACGCCGAGGACAUCUUCAAAAUGGUUGGAAAGAAGGUCAAAAAGGACGUGGAGGAGGAUGAGAGCAUCUUGCCAGAGGUGGUGGAAGGGUACUGCAAGAAGAGAAAGUGCUGAUGGUGGCCGGGAGUUCAUAGAUUGGUAGAAAAAGAAUUUAAUUUGAGAGAUUUGUUAUCAAUUAUUCUGGUACAAAUGGUAAUUUUAUUUGGUGGUGCUUUUCCGACAUAGAAGUACUGGACUAUUUCAAUGUUUCACAGCUUUUUUUAUUGUCUGAAAGAUGCCUUAACCUAAAACUCCAACUUCAUUGAUAAACUCACUAUAAUCUCAUAAGGCUCGGUACUAGUGCAACGCUUUCUGGGGUCUAACAAAAGCACUUUGUUAAUGUUUAACACACAUAGAUUGCACUACCUUUUUUUACUGCAAUGUAGAGAUGAAAGGAACAUUGAAGACUUGAAGCUGCUAAUGUUCAUCUUCUCAUGCAAUAGUGAGAUCACAAAGCCCCUUUGCAACACUUUGUGUAGUAGCUCAUUAAUUUAAGUUCAUAUAGUUUGUGUACCUCUUUUGAGAGAAGCACAAUGAGACUACUGCAGCCAGACGCUUUCCUAAACUAAAAGAAAAUGCCCUUCUCUUUCAAUUAACCUUGUUUUUGUCAUGAACCGAAAUCCGUCCGAAUGUAAAAUGAACAUGUCUGAACCCGUCGCAACUCUUUGGUUCUGAAAAGAUGAAGCAUCCAAAUAAAAUGUUGCCAGAAAUUCC